ACUAUAUAUAAUCGAUUAAUGUUCUCCCCCUUUCUUUUUUCCCUCGAAAAAAAAAUAUAACGCGAUUUAUCAUGUUGGAGCCGUUGAUAGUAUUGACAGUUUUGAAUUGUUUAUUUAUGUUCAGCUCGACUGUGACUACGUGUGCAUUAUGGUGGCAAUAUCGGCAUCAUCGUUGUUGCGAUAUAAGAAAGGACCCAACACGACGAACUCAUAUAAAAAAAUCCAACAGCUGUAGUUGUCAAGUUUCUAAGAAAAUGGUCCAAUCAAGGGCAGACGGUACGAAUCACGUAUUUGCUACCAGUAGAUCUUUUAUGAAUACCGAUGAACGAUACAAGAAAAAAGAUUUUAACGAACACAAACCUGCAAGCAAGCUGAGAUACUUGGCCGAUUAUAAAAAACACAAAAACGCAGCAAGGAUAUGUCCUUUUACCGAAACAUCAAUCAAGAAUAAAAAUCCAGCGAUUAGAAAACAAAUUUCUGAAGCAUCUCAUACUACCAACGAUACUAAGUCGACCGUAGUAAUGGAAUUUUCAACGGUACAAAAGAUCGUUCAACUCGUCGACAACAAUGGCGAUAUAUCUAUGGCAAAAGUAACAGUUAUACCGGCGAGGGACAUCAUCGAGAAGAACAAAAAGCUUGAUUUAGAAGUUAGAAAUAAAUUUGACGAUGACGUUGCGACCGUCGAAAAGAUUUCACGUUCGACGAUAAAUUAGAAUAUAUUCGUAUAUAUUAAAAAUUAUAUAUCAAAUUGUAUAUAUUAUAUAUAGGGGUGAAUUUUUCCUUGCGUUACAUGUGACCUCUUUACGAUUACAUGAAAAUUUGUUAACAGUAACAUCGAGUGAAGAAAGAGAAAAUAAAUAAAUAAAUAAAUAAAU